UGAAUGCCAUGGAUAUAUUAUAAGACACGAUUUUAUAUAAUGUCGAUCACAUGAAAUAAACACUUGUAAAUUUUGUCGUGCGCAUUUGUACUUGACUGUAAUUUACCCGAUCAAUGGGACCGGACUAUUUUGACAGUUCUGCCGUCAGCAGAUAGUCCACAGGAUCUUUAGAUUUAUUUCUUUUUGAUGAAUGUCUCAAAGAAUGAGGAACAAUCAUGAAUUACUAAUGAAUAGGUUAACAAUGAGUUUCUUAAAGUAAUUGCCGUCGUUUGAGAUAAUAAAAAAUGGAUAACGUUGCAACCGCAGAGUGCUUAACGCUUGAUUUUGGUCCUUUUGAAACUGUCCAUCGUUGGCAGCAAAUGCCAGAAUGCGAUGAAUUCGUUGGCGCCAGGCGUAGCAAACACACUGUUGUAGCAUACAAAGAUGCGAUCUAUGUAUUUGGUGGUGAUAAUGGUACAAGAAUGUUGAAUGACUUGUUGAGAUUUGAUGUGAAAGAGAAGUCCUGGGGACGUGCAUUUGCAACAGGAGCACCUCCUGCUCCUCGUUAUCAUCAUUCUGCAGUUGUGCAUGAUUCUUCUAUGUUCGUAUUUGGUGGUUACACCGGCGAUAUACAUUCCAAUUCAAAUCUUACCAAUAAAAAUGACCUGUUCGAAUAUCGAUUUCAAACCGGCCAGUGGACGGAAUGGAAGUUUAUUGGAAAAACUCCCGUAGCUAGAUCUGCUCACGGAGCAGCAGUGUAUGAUAAUAAAUUAUGGAUAUUUGCCGGCUAUGAUGGCAACGCAAGAUUAAAUGAUAUGUGGACAAUAUCGUUACUGCCUGGGGAAUCGAGAGUGUGGGAGGAAGUUGUUCAAUCUGGUGAUUGUCCGCCGACAUGCUGCAAUUUUCCUGUAGCAGUAGCGCGUGAAUCCAUGUUUGUAUUUAGCGGCCAGAGCGGAGCCAAGAUCACGAACAGUCUCUUCCAAUUUCAUUUUCGAGAGAAACGAUGGACGCGAAUUUCGACGGAACAUAUUCUCCGUGGUGCGCCUCCUCCACCGCCGCGACGAUACGGCCACACUAUGGUCAGCUUCGAUAGACACCUUUACGUUUUCGGCGGCGCGGCUGAUUCUACGUUGCCUAACGAUCUUCAUUGCUACGAUCUCGACACGCAAACAUGGAACGUCAUUUUGCCAUCCCCUGAUAGUCAGGUUCCGUCCGGUCGCGUGUAUCAUGCGGCCGCGGUGAUCGGAGAGGCAAUGUUCAUCUUUGGCGGGACGGUCGACAAUAACGUACGAUCUAGCGAAACGUACAGAUUCCAGUUCUCGUCUUAUCCAAAGUGCACCUUGGACGACGAUUUCGGGAGAUUCCUGAACGGUCGCUUGUUCUGUGAUGUAGAAUUCAUUGUAGGAGAUACAGAAACGAGGAUACCCGCUCAUAUAGCCAUGGUAGCAGCUCGUUCCCAGUUCCUUAGAACCCGGAUCAGACAAGCUCGAGAGAAACGCGAUAAAUACUUGGAGGAAGUGUCCGGUACCGCGGACGUGCCGGUCAAAGAAAUGCCAUUAUUAGAGGUGAGACUGAAAGAUGCUGUACCAGAGGCAUUUGAAAUGGUUUUAAAUUACAUUUACACCGAUCGAAUCGAUCCGACGAAGAAAGGCGAAGAUGGAUCGAGUAGUCGUGUAGAAGAUCCGCUAAGCAAUAGGAUUGUUUUACUCAUGAUGGACGUAUAUCGUUUAGCUUUGCAAUUCAACAUGAAACGCCUGGAGCAGUUAUGUGUUCAAUACUUGAAAAGGACGAUAAGUCACGCGAAUGUUUUAGAAGCAUUGCACAACGCUGCCCAAUUGAAGCUAUAUUUCAUAAAGGACUUCUGUCUUAGCUUUAUUGUAAAAGAAAUCAAUUACAACGAGAUCGUAAUGAGUAAAGAAUUUGAAACCUUGGAUCAGCCGUUAAUGGUGGAAAUUAUUCGAAAGAGGCAGAAGCCUCAGAAAGGAGCCUUUCCUAUACAAUGUAAUCUCAGUGCAGGAACAACUUUGGUACAGGACAUGGAAGCAUUUCUGAAGAGUGUAGGAAAAGAAUUCUGUGAUAUAACUUUAAUGUUAGAUGGUGUGCCGAUUCCAGCUCAUAAGGCCAUUCUCGCGGCACGGUGUACCUAUUUCGAAGGCAUGUUCCGUUCUUUUAUGCCGGAAAAUAAUACAGUAAACAUACAAAUCGGUGAAAUGAUUCCAUCUUCCGAGUCCUUCGACUCAUUAUUGAGGUACAUCUACUAUGCGGAUGUCUCAAUGCCACCUGAAGACUCUUUGUAUUUAUUCACUGCGCCGGUUUUUUACGGUUUCACAAAUAAUCGAUUGCAGACAUUUUGCAAGCAGAACCUCGAGAUGAAUGUCACAUUCGAAAACGUGAUACAGAUCCUGGAGGCGGCGGACAGAAUGCAAGCUGUUGACAUGAAGAAGUACGCGUUGAAUCUCAUUGUGCAUCACUUUACGAAGGUCGCGAGGCUUCCAAGGUUAAAGCAACUGAGCCGAGAGCUUCUGUUAGACAUCGUAGAGGCACUGGCCGACGAACGCAGCGAGGCUCGAACGUGCCAGGACAUGGCGAAUGAUUGCUGACGUAAGUGUAUGAUACAGUAUUCUAAAAAUCCUCAACACCGUGCGCGUAUGUGUAUAGGUAAACGGAAUGCGAAAACUGAAUCGAGCGACUGAAACUGAUAUAUCAAAGAUCUCAAAAACGUUUGUACAUAUAAUUCCCUGCGAAGUCGUUGUAAAGAAAUAAAGUAAAUAUGAAUUAAGUAGCGAAAAAUAAACUAUAUGUAUCAUCUCGUGCGGCGAAUUCAAAAGAUUAUUAAUAAAAUCAAUAAAGCAGAUUGUUAUAUA